AUGGCCGACGAAGAAACAAAUGCCCACAAAUACCGCCUGAGGGUAACAGCAGGACCGGAAUAUGAGCCCAGCACUCACCAAGUGGUCCCGGUAAACGGCGAGACCCUUCGAAUUGAGAACGACCAUGCAAUAAUUAGUCUCUGCGUGCGAAUUCAAGAUUACACAGGUAACACACAAUCCUCAUGGCCCGUCUCUCAUUCAAAAGAGCGUGCGCUAACUCAAACAGGCUUCCCUGACGGCUCGGCAUCUACAAGCCCAUAUUUCGAACAUCCAAGACACACAAAGGACCAGUAUUCAAUAUCUUUCUCAAUAAUCUUCAAGGAGCCCGUAAACGGCAACAGUCUCGUCUUCGGAAAUGAUUUCGACAAACCGAUCCGCGACAUCCUCCCGCCAGGCUUCAACGCAGCCCUGCGCAUGGUCAAAUGGACUCUUGACCCUAGUCUAGAUGGGGAUGCGUACGCUGACAAGCCGUAUCUGUUUAGUCCUGCACUGGCUACAUUGAAUUAUCUCCGGAUCGGGGAGAAAAUGAGCAAGUCGGAUGAGGUGCCAACUUUGCAUAAUGAGGUUAUUGAAGAGGGUGCGGAUGGGGAAGAGGCCACUGAGACGCGGAAGGAGUGGCCUGAUGCAGAUUCGAGGAAGAAGUUCUUCCAGGACGAGGCUAAGAGGAAAGACUUUGAUUUCGAAGCUGGGAGGCUGUAUGUGGCCGAUUUUGGGAAUCCUUAUCUGGCUUUCAGUGAUUUCUCGGUUCGACUUCCUGGGAUCACUAUUCAUGCUAUGAAGUAUGUGAGUGAUAAAGAUCAUGACUUGCGUUAUGUUCUGAAGGAUGCGGAAACGGGUCGGGUUUAUCUUGUUGUUGUGUUUACGGUUGUCCUACGUGAUAUCGCGCCCGAUCAAGGAUACACUCAGGCGGAUGGCAAGGGCAGCCUGGGAAAAUUCGACUGGGAAUCGGAACCAUCAGCGGCGGAUGUUGAGUGA